AAUAGUUACUGGCAGGUUACUGGCUGGUUACUGGUUAGGUACUAGCCACCAGCUUACUUUAGGUACCUCUUUUGGUUUCCUGGGUUGCUACCAGUGCAGUCUUUGGGCCACUACGCAUUCUUACCGCAACCCCGAUUUACCUUUGCCGUUACCACCGUAUCGCCGCUACGGACGUGUGAGGCGGAAACUGUGUGUGUGUGUGUAAUCAUAGAAACACCCUCUUUUUUAGCUUCACAACAUCUUACCACAUCUAUACCAUACACAUGUUAAAUUCCGCUAUACACACGAGGCUUCGUUUGACUUGUUUGUUUUCUCUCAUUUGGCCUCACUUCUAUUCCUACUGGCCUCCUCCGAGGUAUCGUCGAUUGCAUCCAAGCCUCACGGUAUCGCAUCCCUAGGUAGACUCGAAUUCGCUUUCCUCCAAUCCGCAAUCCGCAGUCCGCAGUCCUCAAUACGCAAUACGCAAUACGCAAUCCACAAUCUACAAUCUACAAUUCCACCGCGUACGUAACGCUCAUUUCGACUACGUGAAGACAUGGCGCAUCAACGCAUCGCUCGCCCGCGAUGACCUCCAGGCCCCCUAUGGCCGUCCCUCAGCGACAGCCUCAGAGAACACUAAGCGGCUCGGGGUUGUCGCAGUCCCCUACUCACCAGCGAACCCUCUCGCAACAAUAUUUACCCCCGUCCCCUAUACGGAAAUCGGAGAGCUUUAAUGAGCAAUCUAUCGAUGCGGGCGAUGUCGCACAAAAUAGAUUUAAUACAAUCCCAAGAAGGGGAGGGUCGAGGCUCAAGCUCGAGCUCGCCAAUGAUGGCAUCGAGCAUCCCGGCUUCAGCGAAUCCCCGCAAAACUUGGAUACCCUAUCCGCCAACAAGGUCUUUACCCCGUCGCGGAUGAUGUCGAUGAAUGAUGCAUCUGAUGCUGGCGAUCUAACUCCCCGAACGUCGAGAUGCCAAACGGCCGAUGAUGAUUCGGUUCCCCUGCCCAUGCCGCCUCGCCGAAUCCGAUUCGUUGUACCCGUCAAACGGUCAGAACCUUCGAGUAUCAGUACGCCUCCUAAGAAAGACGCCCGGCCGAAGCCCUUCGUCCUCGAUCCACCGUCGAUUGCUGCUCGCUACCCCAACACGGGCAAGUCGGAGUCCACCGGUAAAACUAGAAAUAAGGAUGUGCCCGCUCGUGCGUGUACUGACCCAUGUACAGGAGUUGCCGAUUUCUAUCGUUGGAACGGAUCACAUCCUGAGGAUCAGUUUUCUGAUAAUAUUAUUAGGCAUGGAUAUUUCGACAAGGCACCGGCGCAAUCUACGCAGGAGCCUGCGUCGGCCAAGGCUUCAUUGUUUCCCGCGCUGAAACAUAAGACUGGCCUUCACACGUUAUCCACCGUUUUUACCAGCAUCCUCAAUCAGAGGAGACAUAAUGGCCAGAUCACUUCGGCUUCUACCUUCAAACCCCCGCCUCGAGUUACGCUAACCGACACGAAAAGAGAGAUAUGGCUCAAGGACCUUGCUAAUCCAGCUAUCUCCCUCAGACGCCUGAGUCGAACUAUCCCCCACGGUAUUCGCGGGAAGGUCUUGCUUGAGCAGUGCUUAAAUAAGAACGUUCCCACGGAACGUGCUGUUUGGCUUGCAAAGUGUGUCGGCGCAAACGAGAUACGAGCCUUCAAGAGAAAGGGGGCAAAUGGCAUCUUUGUUAUGGGCGGAGAAGCCAAAUGGAUUAGAGACUGGACCGUGUUUGUCGAACAGUUCGUCGAGGCCAUCUGUAAUGCUUUCAGUGAAGAUGAUUGGAAGGCCAAAGUUACAUAUGCCAUCCGCCUGGCUACUCAUCUUUACGCUGAACAUCUUUUGGACCGCGACCAUUAUAUGGACUGGCUGGUCUCUGGCUUGGAAAAUAGUAACCAGGCCAAGCUCCCCAUGUGGCUUUUAAUCAUCCAAAUAUACUGGAAAGAUCUUCUCAAAUUAAGGAGACAUGGACGACGUUUAGUCAGCGCCAUUUUGUCUCACCACUCUUCUAUCUAUCAUCAUCCCGAUCGCGAUAUUUUACUGCCUCUUGCCACACGAUUGCAGUCGCUGGUAGAGUCGUUACUCCUUACUUGCCCGGAGAAUUUCAUUAAUCCUGGGGCUUGGUACAAGUUUCGCGACUCUUUAGCCGAGCCCCCUAGAUCUAGUAGCAACGAAGCUAGAUCAAGAGCUUUUAAAUCAAUCGAUUUGCGUAAUGACUAUUUAACUAGUUCCAAUGCCAAAUCGCAGCCUGCUCUCCGCAGCAUAGUAGUACAGCUACUUGAUAGCAUACAUCGAACACCUCUCGACACGGAUAUUCCAAAGCGACUUUGGAAAACGAGCGAUAACAAGUUGCCGAUAGUCAGAACUAUUCUCGAAUGGUGUACUUCCCUGUAUCGACCUGGGAUUGCGAAAGUGUACAUUGCCACAACGCUUCUGCGUUCGUCAUCUGCAUUGGAUAUCGAUGUCACUAGAGCCGUGCUAGACUUUCUAGAUACCGACUCGCUUGAAGAAACUGCCCGAAAGCAGCUUGUAUACCAUCUCGUGUCGGAACUCGUUCGCUCUGGCCACUUCUCAGUUCCUCAGUAUAUCCAAUGGCUUAUAUCUCGCGGUGGACUUUCUUUUUCCUUUGAAGCAGCACGUGACGGGCCAUGUUUCACGAGGUUACUUGUUGAGAUUCCACUCCAUUGUCUAAACGAGUCCAUGAAAAAUGUGAGGGCAACCUUACUGCGAAGGGCGUCGUAUUCGGUCGAUGAUGAGGCCCAGGACAUGGCAAUGGCUAUCAGUUGCAUCAAGAGCACUCUCUCCGUUCCACUGGGACCCGAAGAUCCGCUCCUACAGAAGAUGCCCAUGAGUCUAGACAAGCUAUCGAAACGGAUCAAGUUAAGCAGUCGAUCUCUAAAGACGACUAUUUCCUCGUGGCUCAGCAGCGACUUCAUUAGCAGCGUCGUCCAGAAUUCGCAAUCGGGCAAAGGCGGUGUUGAACUACCCAAGAACACGUUUGAGAUGGUUCGGACUCUUCUCGAAGCCGCCGAGGAUUAUACUAUGCUCGAAGAGGUCUUGAAGCUAACAGCGACAUACUCGAAUGCAGAGCUUCUCGCACUCUGUGCCGAUACUAUCAAUCUUCAUUUACCAGUAUUCACCGCAACUGGAGCAGCUAAGCCACUCUUCCAAAUUCUCUACGAACGACUCAAAACCAUCAUGGAAGAGCAAGGUGUCGGUGCCCGUCCGCUUCUAGCUUCUCUUGCUUAUCUAGUACCGCGUCUACCCGGCCUAGAAGACGUGGCAACCCAACUACAAAACGAUUUGAUACGUAUAGACCGUAGUAAUGCUGCAGAUGCCUCGUCGCCGUUGUCUGACAACAUGGCCACCCAGCUUCAAGACGCCGAAACAGAGCUAAGUGAGCAAAUAGAGAAGCUUGCUAGUUACACCAGUGCUGAUAGGCCGACAAUGGAGCGGUUGUUCUAUGCAAUCAUCAAGAAGCUACAAGUUUACUGGGGUAAAGCAGAUGAGCGUCAGCGACUUUGCUGCAUCCUUCUCACGAGACUUCGUGUAUUUGAUAUUCAACAUUUCGGCGAACUUAUGAGAGGAUGGAUUCAACACAUUCGCAAGCUAACGAACAGGCCACAUAUCAACCAGUUAUUUCCACCUCUGAUGAGCUCAGGCUGUCUACCUCUCGCAAUAUUGUUCGCAACCGCUUCCAGGAAUCAAGAUCAAACUACCCAACCCCAGCCGAACGCCGUCGGGUCUGCUUCCGUCUACAUGCAGGAGGUAUUGCAAAUGUUAAUCAUGCCAUGCAGCCCGAGUUCUAUGAUGACUUCAGAGGACUGCUAUCGCUUCCGUAUCGUCCAGGACAACGCUAGGCGUGAGCACGCCAGGGAGUUGAUGCCGUUGGUCCGUGGGGCGUUGGCCGAGUAUUCGACCUCCCUUAAUCAGCACACGUCGAUUCCUCAACCGCUAGAUAACAAACAAUUCGAGGCUAAAGUACUGGAAGUCCUCCGAUCUUUAGUACUUGUCGAUCCAAACGCUGCCAGCCAAAUUGUUUCGUUAAAAAGUCCCGAUCCGAAAUUAGCGGCACUUAUCGAAACCUGGACUACGAAGCUGCUAGUACCUCAUAGCGGUGGCGGCCAGAAAUCAUUUGAGCAAGUUUUAGAAUUGGCAAAUGAAUUUACGCUACCUUUUUGCCAAGUCAAACUUUCCCUAAACCUUGCAGUUGAUGAUUUAGGAUCAACAGAGGCAUCGGAGAGAACCCAGUCGCAAUUCGAGCUAUUGUCGAAAGCACUUGACAAUGCCAUCGACGCUAAUAAUAUCAUGUGGACAGGCAUACUCCCUUCUCUUAGUCCUGAUAUUACGCAGCACAUGAGAAACCGAGCGGAGUCGCGCUUGCUAGAUACCAUUCCAUCUCUUAAAAAUCCUCCCGGAGAUGCCACUUUUGAUAGGGAUAUCCGCAUGGCGGAGAAUCUCUUGACGGUUAUCGAUUCCAUAUUCCGUGGCGGGUCGGGAUCAAAAGUGUUCCAAUUUUCUAGCGCUCUAGUAGACAAACUUGCAGACUUGUGGGAUAUCCUAGCCUCAAGAACUGGCGAGUACGCAUCACUUCAAGCCGCUGUGCUCUCGCGCUGGCUGCCUCUUAUAUUAUCUUACCUGACUCUUUUCACCUCACCGUCCACUAAUGCGUUGGAUGCAUCGCGGUUGUCUGGCGGUGAAAUUCGUGGCCGUGCUUUAGUCGUCCUCGCAGGUCUCAUCCAGGAGCUCGAUAAUCACCCAUCCUCCAAUCUCGGACAAAAAGCCUUCGACAUCGCGCUCGUGCUAGCCGAUAACUUACCCGAAGAGGCGCGCCUAUUAUGCGUACGGGCAGUGAAAGAUGCCACGGCUGAUCCUAGGAUCAGAUACCUAUUCAGCUUCGCUCCGAACCCGGCUGAAAACGUAAUGCUAGCCCAUCGCGAGAAGCCGCCCCAGGGAAUCCAAGAAAGGAGGGCAAUGGCGAUGGGCAUGAACAUGAUACCAGAGAAGCUAACCCCCUUCGUGUUCAGGAGGUGGGAAAUCCUCAACGAACCUACCCCUGUCGUAGGCGAGAACGAUACAAGUCUAAGCUUAACGCUAUUCGACGCCAGGAAGAUCAAGUAAAUCGCUCUACUGGAGAGCUUAUACGCUCAACCACCUUAUUUUUUAAUGUCUUCUGGCUUGUAUCGAUACGGAUUAGAAUUUAUUACGGAGAGGCCGGCUAGCCUAUCGAGAACCUUGAAGAUAGGGGUUUUCACUUCAAUAGCCAGAGUCGUCGUCUUAUCCAUAAAGAGGCGCACGACCUAUCCCGCAAGAUUAGACGGGAUAUACCCCGAGCUUCUUUCGGCUACCACUUCUGCUUAUUUUUUCCUUUGUCUUCAUAGGGUCUCUUAGUCUCAACUUGGGGAGUCUCACGGCAUUUAUGACUGUCACGCAUUUGCUGAGCCGGGGUCUUCAUCUCUUAUCUCUCUAUCUUGGCGCGCGCUCGCCCGCGCGUGUCGUGCGCGUUAUAUGAUGAUACCUGGGCAGGAUUUGCGAAGAAAGAAGAAGCAGUAGGACAGGACGCUUUUUCCAAUUUUUUUCAGGGACAUCGGGUUCACGGUUGGGUUUCCGGUUCGGGGUUGGGGCUAGGUUAUCGGCUCUACCGAUCGUGUUUAUUUAGGGGGAAGUGGAGUGGACUGGCUGUAUAGAAUCGGUUGUAGGGGAGAUGAGAGGUGAUGAUAGAAUAGGUGUUGUAAAGCAGCGAGAUAAGAAACAAGAGACUUCAUUUAAAUAG